AUGGAGUCCGAAGGAACUCUAACCGACAGUGCGACCUCGCAGUACGAUGAGAAGACAACUGAGUCUUGGGCCUUGAAGCCGAGAGUCGAAGACGUCCGACAGCGCGAUCAAGAAUCAGGAUUCACUCCCCGCGAACUGGGUAUUACAUGGAAGAACCUCACAGUAAAAGCCAUCAGUGCUGAUGCCGCGAUUCACGAGAGUGUUGCCUCUCAGUUCAACAUACCAAAACUUAUUCAGGAAUCCCGACACAAACCGCCGUUGAAGACAAUUCUUGAUGACAGUCAUGGCUGUGUCAAACCGGGAGAGAUGCUGCUUGUCCUUGGGCGGCCCGGUAGCGGAUGUACCACACUGCUCAGUCUCUUAGCCAAUCGACGCCAUGGAUACUCGUCCGUCUCCGGCGAUGUUCAUUACGGAUCAAUGGAUGCAAAGCAAGCGGAGCAUUAUUGCGGGCAGAUUGUUAUGAACACCGAGGAAGAGUUGUUUUACCCAACUUUAACGGUCGGCCAAACCAUGGAUUUCGCGACCAGGCUCAAGAUUCCGUAUCAGCUUCCACAGGGUGUUACGUCCAAUGAGGCUUUACGAACCGAGACGCGUGAUUUUCUUUUGCAGUCUAUGGGAAUCGAACAUACACGGGACACCAAAGUUGGCAAUGAGUUCAUGCGUGGAGUGUCGGGAGGCGAGCGUAAGCGAGUUUCGAUCAUAGAAACCUUGGCAACUCGUGGGUCCAUAUACUGCUGGGACAAUAGUACAAGAGGUCUCGACGCAAGCAGUGCUUUGGAUUACGCAAAAGCCAUACGUGCAAUGACCGAUGUAUUGGGACUUGCAUCAAUCGUCACUCUGUAUCAAGCUGGCAAUGGAAUCUACAAUUUGUUCGACAAAGUCCUGGUUCUCGACGCUGGCAAAGAGGUAUACUACGGCCCUAUGAAGGAGGCCCGGCCGUUCAUGGAAAACCUCGGAUUUGUGUGCCAACAUGGUGCCAACGUCGCGGAUUACUUGACCGGCGUGACCGUGCCUACGGAGCGUCAUAUCCGGUCCGGCUGCGAAGCCACCUUCCCCCGAAAUGCUGAGGCCCUGAAGGCAGAGUACGAGAAGUCAAGCAUAUUCGCCAAAGCCACCUUGGAGUACGACUACCCUACAACUGAGGAAGCCAAAGAGAAGACAAAGCUAUUCCAGCACGGCGUCUCUGGGGAAAAACACAAGCAGCUUCCGGCCCAUAGCCCGCUGACCGUGAGCUUCCCGACCCAGGUCAAGGCUUGUGUCAUUCGACAAUAUCAAAUUAUCUGGGGAGACAAGGCAACCUUUUUCAUCAAGCAGAUCUCAGUUUUUGCGCAAGCACUAAUUGCUGGGUCCUUGUUUUACAAUGCUCCUGACAACUCCUCAGGACUUUUCUCGAAAUCCGGCGCUCUUUUCUUCUCUCUGAUGUACAACUCGCUUCUCUCUAUGUCCGAGGUUAUUUCGUCAUUCCAAGGCCGACCUGUACUUUUGAAGCACAAGCAUUUCGCGUACUUCCAUCCGGCUGCUUUCUGCAUUUCCGAAAUAGCGUCGGAUAUUCCGCUCAUUCUAUUCCAAAUCUCCAUUUUCGGCAUUGUUCUGUACUUCAUGGUGGGAUUGACGAUGACGGCGGGUGCGUUUUUCACUUACUGGAUAAUUUUAAUUGCAACGACAGUGUGUAUGGCGGCUAUGUUCCGAUGCAUUGGCGCAGCUUUCAAGAACUUCGACGGCGCCUCCAAAGUGUCUGGUCUGAUAAUCACUAUUGCAAUCAUGUACACUGGGUACAUGAUCCAGAAACCCCAAAUGCACCCAUGGUUCGUAUGGUUCUUCUGGAUCGACCCAUUGGCAUAUGCGUUUGAUGCACUACUGUCCAACGAGUUUCACGGCAAGGUUAUUGACUGCGUCGGAACCAACAUUGUUCCUUCAGGGUCUGGCUAUAAUGAUCCACUCCACAUGUCCUGUGCUGGAGUUGGGGGAGCCAUACAGGGAGAGACUUCAGUAACUGGCGACGCAUAUUUAGCCUCUCUUUCCUACAGCCACGACCAUAUGUGGCGUAAUUUCGGCAUUGUUUGGGCUUGGUGGGCGCUUUUCGUUGCGAUUACUAUCUUCUACACCUGCCGAUGGCGGUCCGCUUCGGAGGCAGGGCCGUCGCUCCUUAUUCCGCGAGAGAAGGCACACGUUGCUCGUGCCCUGAAACCCGACGUGGAGGCUCAGGCUGUGGACGAGAAGGUUGGGACGACCGGAGGUGACUAUCGUAGCGGCGAUGAGACAGCAGUUCCUACCCCGGACAGUGACUCGGCCGACGAACAGCUCAUCCGCAACACUUCGAUUUUCACCUGGAAAAACCUAACUUACACUGUCAAAACCCCGACUGGUGAUCGAGUUCUGCUGGAUAACGUCCAGGGUUGGGUGAAACCCGGCAUGCUUGGUGCCUUGAUGGGCUCUUCUGGCGCCGGGAAAACCACCCUUCUUGAUGUUCUGGCUCAGAGGAAAACCGAGGGCACCAUCCGUGGGUCUGUUAUGGUAGAUGGCCGACCACUCCCUGUGUCAUUCCAGCGGUCAGCUGGCUACUGUGAACAGCUCGAUGUCCAUGAGCCGUACGCAACCGUGCGAGAAGCGUUGGAGUUUUCAGCGCUCCUUAGACAGGGGCGGGAUGUGUCACGAGAGGAGAAGCUGAGAUACGUCGACACUAUUGUUGACCUCCUAGAGCUCCAUGACCUCGCUGAUACCAUUAUCGGCAAGGUCGGUGCCGGCCUGACGGUUGAGCAGCGAAAGCGGGUUACGAUCGGUGUCGAGCUCGUGUCGAAGCCUAGCAUCCUGAUCUUUUUGGACGAGCCAACAUCGGGUCUGGAUGGCCAGUCUGCAUACAAUACCGUGCGCUUCUUGCGCAAGCUUGCGGAUGUUGGCCAGGCUAUCUUGGUAACGAUCCAUCAGCCGUCGGCUCAACUCUUCGCCCAAUUCGAUACUCUCCUGCUCCUGGCAAGGGGAGGAAAGACGGUCUACUUCGGCGAUAUUGGUGAUCACGCUGCCACCGUUAAGGACUAUUUUGGUAGAUACGGGGUCCCUUGUCCUGAAGAGGCCAACCCUGCUGAGCACAUGAUCGACGUCGUCUCUGGUCACUUGUCGCAGGGUCGCGAUUGGAAUAAGGUCUGGCUCGAGUCGCCAGAGCAUGAAGCGGUGUCUAAGGAGCUCGACCGUGUGAUCGCGGAGGCCGCCGCCAAGCCGCCUGGCACAACAGAUGAUGGGCACGAGUUUGCGAUGCCUCUUUGGGAGCAGGUAAAGAUCGUGACGCAUCGGAUGAACGUUUCCCUGUUCCGAAACACCGACUACAUCAACAACAAGAUUUGGCUGCAUUUCUCGUCGGCAUUCGUCAAUGGCUUCUCAUUCUGGAUGAUUGGAGAUACCGUCGGUGACCUGCAGAUGCACCUCUUUACCGUUUUCAACUUCAUCUUCGUCGCACCAGGUGUGAUCAACCAACUGCAGCCUCUCUUUCUCGAGCGUCGGGAUAUCUUUGAGACCCGUGAGAAGAAAUCCAAGAUGUACUCAUGGGUUUCCUUCGUCACCGGACUCAUCGUUUCAGAGUUCCCGUACCUUUGCAUCUGCGCCGUGCUGUAUUUCGUCACCUGGUAUUAUACCGUCGGCUUCUCUGGCGACUCGGACCGCGCAGGGGCUACGUUCUUCGUCAUGCUUAUGUACGAGUUCGUCUACACUGGUAUCGGACAGUUUGUUGCAGCCUACGCCCCGAACGCGUUAUUUGCCUCGCUGGUAAAUCCUUUCCUCAUCGGACUCAUGGUCAGUUUCUGCGGAGUCCUCGUCCCCUACGCGCAAAUCCAGGCGUUUUGGAAGUACUGGAUGUACUAUCUCAACCCUUUCAACUAUUUGAUGGGCAGCAUGCUCGUUUUCGAUGUAUGGGAUACCCCGGUCAACUGCGCGGAGAGCGAGUUUGCCCUGUUUGAUCCGCCCAACGGUACGACCUGCGGCCAGUAUCUCGCCGACUAUCUGAUGGGGGCUGGGUCAGCCAGCAACCUGAUCAAUGCUGAUGCGACAGCCGGAUGCAAGGUGUGCCAGUAUCGGGAUGGCACCGAUUAUCUCCACACUCUGAACCUGCUGGAGUACUCAUAUGGUUGGAGGGAUGCUGGAAUCGUGGUGUUGUUCGCUUUCAGCUCAUACGCUCUCGUCUACGCGUUGAUGAAGUUGAGAACCAAGACGUCGAAGAAGGCGGAGUAA